AUGCAUAUAUUGGAGAACUCAUAUUUCGUUUUACAAUUACCAGGAUUAAAACCUAAAUUUUAUCGACAGAUUAAAGGAGGAGCGAUGGGUUCAGCUUUUACACAAGUACUCGCUGACAUAUAUGUACGAAAAUGGGAAAACGAAUUCGUACAACAACAACAACAGCAAGGAGAGUUAUAUCUACGUUUUAGAGAUGAUGUAUUUUUAACUACAAGAUUACCACAAGAACAAAUAAAAUUUUUUUUAUCAGAGAUAAAUAAGAAAGAUCCUAAUUUAACCAUUACAUGGGAAGGAGGAAAAACAGUAGACUACUUAGAUGUAACAACUACAAUAGAGAUUCCGAAUUUUAGAACAAAAGUCUUUCGGAAACUAGCAGCACAACCAUAUGUGCUUCCCUUUCAUUCAUCUCAUCCAAUACACAUAAAAAGAAACAUACCAUAUGCAGCAGCCUUAAGAGCUACACGCAUAUGCUCCCAUUCAGAAGAUCUUCGAAGCGAAUUAGAAAAAAUUAGAAUCACAUUACUCCUAAAUAAAUAUCCACCUAGAUUUAUUGAUAAGCACAUAGGACGAUUUUUUCAAGAUGCAACUGAACAACGAACAUCAGAUUUACUACUAGGAGAAAGACAUCAAGCGUAUAGAGAAAGAACGCUUGAACCUGAAUGGAAGAAAAAAGAAAAAAGAAAGAUAGAGUUUGGCAAGGAUAUCCUUCUUCAUUUCACAUACACCCCAUCCUUAGCACAUUUCGGUUCUCGUUUUCAUCAAAUAUGGCAAGAGAUAUUCGAAGACACACCUCUAGACGACAUACCAGUCAUGUAUGCUAACAGAGUGUCAGAUAGCCUAAGACACCUCUCAGUAAAGAAACGACCUAGUAAAGAAGCCAUCAAACUAUUACCAUAA